AUGGCGUCUUCCAAAGCUUCUAUUGCUGUUAGUAGCCUACAGGAGCAGAAAGAGCAGGUUAUUGAUGUCGUGUUUCUCUGUGACGAAUGGAAAUCUUCGAAAGGUGGAUUAUCAACUUUCAAUCGAGAAUUUGCUAUUAACUUGGCAGAAACGACAACUAAUAGCAUGAAAAUCCACUGCUACGUCUCGAAAAGCGAUGAUCAGGAAAAAGAAGAUGCCAGGCAAUACGGCGUAAAUUUAAUCACAGCUCGAAGUAUUCCUGGUUCAAUUGACUCCCUCGAGCGCUUGAAAUUUCCACCCCCAGAGCUCCCAAAUCCUCAUCUGGUGAUAGGCCAUGGAAGAAAGUUCGGCAGAUGUGCUUAUUUCCUAGUACAGGCUACAAAGUGUCAAUGGAUACAAUUUGUCCACGUUUAUUGUGAGGACCUUGGGAAAUAUAAGAAACCAACUAUGGCUGACAAAGAUUUAAUCGAAGAAAAUGAGAAGAAGCACAAGAUGGAAAUUGAGUUGUGUAAAGCAGCGGAUGCAGUUGUCGCUGUUGGCUCACGUCUACAACAGAAGUACAGCAGAAAUCUGCCAACUGUCGAAGUGGAGAUUAUUACCCCUGGAAUCUUCGAAAAGUUUUCCUGUGAAUCACAGUUUGCUUUACACAGAUCAGUAAAGAACUUUCAUGUGUUCUUGUUUGGCCGAGCUACCUUUGAGGAUCUUUCCCUUAAAGGAUACGAUAUUGUUGCAAAUGCCAUAGGUUCUCUUGGUAAGAACUUUACACUGACAUUUGUUGGCUCACCUCCUGGUGAACAUACAAAAGUUGAGCAGUGGUUUCUUGGCAACACGUGCAUCAACCGUAACCAGCUAACCAUCCGUGGUUAUUGCAGUGAUCCAGAGGAACUCAAGAUGAUGUUCUAUCAGUCAGACUUGGUCGCUCUCCCUUCCCGUACCGAGGGCUUUGGGCUGGUUGCCCUCGAAGCCAUUUCUGCUGGCGUUCCUAUUCUUGUUUCUGGUGAAUCUGGCAUAGCUGAGGCUUUAGAAAAAGUAGAAGGUGGAAACACUGUCAUUGUUCAAUCAGAUGAAGACGUAGGUGAAUGGGCACAAAGGAUUACAGAGACGUCUGCAGAAAGUGCAAAAGAGAGAGAAGCCAAUGCCAAGAGGCUGCGAGAGAACUACAGGAAGGUUUACUCUUGGAGAACAGAAUGUGCAAGAUUCAGAAGAAUGAUUGAAAAUGUAAUGAAAACAGCUAAUGAUGAGGAUUUGAACAUUAAGGUUGAGGCAGAAGAGUGUAAACCUAAAGAAACCAAUAUGCCCACUACAACCGUACCAACAGAGUCAGGAGGAUGCCAGGGGGUUCAAUACCAGAGGGUAUCUGCCAUGUUGCCUACAGAGGGAAGUCUGUCUCAAUUGGAAACAGAAGAUCCUCAAGCACUCAAAGAUAGAGUAUUGUGCUCAAUUGCUAUGAAUUACCUUAAGACCACACCACCACAGUCAAUAGAAGAGCAUAAUAUGUUUAAGGAAUACUUGAGAGAAAUUAGGGUCAUUUUUACAAGUGCCUCUUUAGGAAGUUUGGUGAUAUCAGUGAAGUGUGAAUCUCUCCAAAUCUUGGAGAAAUUGUGGACAGAUUAUUCAUCUGGUCAUCUUGGUAAAAUGGUUCAAAAUUGUUUUGUGACUGAAAAGAUCUUGAAGGAAUUUAAGCUGACUGAGCUAAAGCUGAAAACAACAAUGGACGUAGAAGAGUACAAAGCAAGGAAAGUCUACUUUGAGAGAGUUGCACUUAGAGGUUAG